AGUGCCCUUGAUUGAGUGAAUCAAGCUAGACUAGACUUAUCUAUUUAUAACAUUUUCUCCCGUGCUUUAUUUACGUUUACUUCAACUUCAAAAAAAGCCCGAGUAAAUUGUAAGUAACAAGUGAUUUGUACCGCUUUGACAUUUUCCCCGUCAAAGGUACAAUGACCGGGAUGGUGUUUUUGUAAAUAUAUCCGUCCUGCGAUCAUCACCUGAUUUCAAAGGGAAAUGCAUUGGACCGCACACUUGAAGACUGGCCCGAAGAGGGUGAACCAUGCAGCGGCUGCUGUCGGAAAGACAAUAUUCACCUUCGGAGGAUACAGCACGGGCGAAGAGGUCUACACUGUCGAAGGCCCCAUCGACAUACAUGUCCUUAAUAUAUACCAACUGUGCUGGCAAGAGCUUCCAAAGCCGCUACCCAAUACAGAACAGUAUGCAAAAACACCAUACCAGAGGUACGGUCACACGGCCGUCGCUUUCGGUAAAAACAUUUAUCUGUGGGGUGGGCGAAAUGAAGAAUCAGCUUGUAACAGGCUCUUCUGCUUCAAUACUGAAACAUUGAAAUGGUCUACGCCUACUGUAACGGGCACGAUACCGUGUUCGAGAGAUGGCCAUUCAGCAUGUAUUAUCAACAAUAGCAUGUACAUUUUUGGUGGUUAUGAAGAAGAAUUUGAAAGGUAUUCGCAGGAUGUUUAUGCAUUGGAUUUAAAAACAAUGCACUGGACUUACAUCAUUACAGAGGGUCCGCCUCCUAUAUAUCGAGACUUCAACAGUGGUACCGCAAUCGGUACGAGGAUGUACAUAUUCGGAGGCAGGUCAGAUAGAGGAGUGCUCAAUUCAGGUGGAGAUAACUUUUACCCAAAUGAUAUAGUUUAUUUGGACACUGAGACAAACCGUUGGCACAAACCAGAGGUCAAAGGAGAUAUUCCAGUCGGCAGGAGAAGCCAUUCAGCUGUUUUACACAACGGGAAGCUUUACAUUUUCGGAGGUUAUAAUAGUGUACUUAAAGAACAUUACAACGAUUUCCACUGUUUCUGCCCGAAGACGAACACAUGGAGUAUAGUCCCAACAAUUGGAUACUGUCCAAAUAAAAGAAGGCGUCAGGUGUGCAUUGUCAUAGAAAACAAGAUGUAUCUAUUCGGAGGGACGAGCCCAUCUUCACUCAAUAUAGUUUCUAGGCAACACGAUCUCAUGGGACAGUAUCCAGAGCUAAUUGAUCAUGAUGAUUUGCAUGUUCUUGAUUUAAAGCCAUCAUUGAGAACAUUGUGCAUGCUGUAUGUCACAAAGAAUAAACUGACAACAUCUUGCUUACCAAAUGAAAUUAUAAAAGACCUUAAUUUGAUGAGAACUCAUUUGUCUAACAUGGGCUAAAAAAAGCAAAAAAACAUCACUAAGCUACUCUGAUAACAUGUACCAGUAGUGCUUUUUAAUCUUAUGAACGUUCUAAACGAAAAAUAUCAAAAU